UAGAAGGUCUCCGUUGGAACCCAUCCUAUCGCUGCCGUGCCAUCGCUAAUAGCAACAGCAACAAUCGUGACGACAUUGCUAUUUUUGUUUUGAGUUUCACCACGGCGAGAAAGAAUGUCGGACCUUGCUUACCUGGACACGUUGGGCAACAAGGAGCUGCUGGCCAAGUGCCUGGAGUAUGGCCUGCCCGGAGUUCCUGUCACGGACAGCACACGAAGCGUCAUCAUUCGCCGGCUAAAGGCCGCCAUUACCGGGGUUCCACUUAACAAAAGCAAAUCUGCAAGUAAGAAAGCAACUCCAAGGCGUGAAACUGUACACGGUAGCCAGGUAACGACGCCCACAUCGGAGCCAGUACGUCGUACACCCGGCAGGAGUGCAGGCCUCACCAAAACCAACAAUAACAAGAUCAGCGAGCAAAGUCGACGCACAAUCGCCUAUGGACUAGACAACACUUCAAUCUCGGGAAGAUCUGUGCAAACUACUACCACGGUGUCGGAUGUGGGCUCCCAGUCGGAGGACGAUGACUACUACAUGGUGGACUCACCGGGUCUUAAGUACGCCCAGGACCAAGGGCCUAGACGCUCUGUUUCUCUAACCAAAUCCGGAGUUCUGACCACAUCGUACACUCGCGAAGUUGACCAGCCGCUGUACGAACAGGAGGAUAUACCACGCAGCUACACGUACGAAAGACCCCAUGUGCCAGCCGCUACUCUUCACACACUUCCCACAUACGAACCACGCAUCGAACCGUCGAGCUACAGACGCACAGAUUUGGGUUUCUCGCGUCCCCUACUGACCCAAACCAAUUUAAACUCUACCAGCUACCAGGAGGUAUCGGCAUUCAACCCAAAAGUUCCAUCUGUUUCGCCAAGAAACACUUUCAGCGGAUCUGCUAUGCCUUUUGGUGGCCCACCACCAGCUCCAGCACCCAUUCGCCAGCGAGAGAGUUUUCCAGUAAGUGGAUCCAACCUGGCCCGUGGUCGCCUGCUGCAGCCGACUACCGCAGUAAACACACUAUAUCCGCAACUGAAUCAGUUCUACGAUCAACCGGACAACGCUGGUGAGCCCAUGGACACAGAGAGCGAGUCCGAAGCUGAAGAACCACCCAUUAGAAGACAUUUCCAAAAUAAGCGCUUAUCGCCGCAGUCCAGAAAGCCUCUGUGUCAGUGAUGCUGGCCACCAUGGUGUACGUGGUAUUGACGCCCAACGCCUGAGAAGCGUUCAUAUCAGGGUACAACAUUUGGUUUUGGAUACUUCACGCAUUUUUACCCCAGACUACAAAGAAGGCAUAUUUACGAAGACUUUGCACCUUAAGACUACUUUAAAUCCCAAACAUGUUCAAAACUAACAAAUAUUCAAUUCUUUAUCCAAGUCUUUAAUUGCUUGUUCUCGCAUAUUGUUUCUUUUUAUACAUAAUUAGAAAAAUGUACUACAUUAUAAUUAUUGUAUUGUAUUAAAUAAACCCAUUAAAUGUAA